GUGUGUGAGUGUGUCUCAGUGCACGCGCACGCCAAUACCUGAUUGUCCUAUAAAUUGUGUGCCUGGCCUCUGUGGAAUGGCAUUUGAAGGCCAAAGCGAGCCGUACGACACCAUGUUGAAAACGUCCAACUGCUACUAGAAUUUUACAUCCAGCUGCCAAUUAACCUUCACUUUGUGGCCGCCGGCACUCAAUACGCAGCAUAGAUUCGAAGAUACCACACAAGCUUUGGCUUGGAACGCUUCCCAGGCUGACUCAUUCGCCCUCUCUUUGCUACUGCUAGCUGCAGCCGAGUAAGAUCUGGAGCUCGCAGCUGAGGCCGAGGCCGAUCUUGUCUUGUCACUCACUUCUCGACUUCAAGGUCCGCUGGCAUCCAAUCAGCCUCAGAUAUCGCAGCGCACCCCCUUCGGGGCCCUUUCAAGGUCUCUGAGAGUCACUUGGGACAGCUACAUCGCGUUCCACAAGCGACUCUACAAACCAUCUCAAUUGGGGUGCCUAUGUGUUUUGUCGGUGGAUCGAUUUUUCCCCACAGAGGAGACUGAGUAAGCACCUAUUGACAGCAUUGUGCUGGGCAGUUGUUUUCUUCAUGUCAUUCUUGAUGCACGACACAGCAGUCGCCGAGGAGAUGAUUGUCAACUAGGGGGCCCUUUCUGAAACGUGCUACCUCUAGGUCAGGAGCGCCGUGCCUUCGCCUUUUAGACUGCACUAACGUAAUGCUGUGCAUAACAUGAGGAGUAGGACCGUGUCCCUGGCUCUGUCGUUGUCCAUCUGCAACGCCGUAGAGGUCUGCCUUCACCGGGUGCGAAACGUUCCACUCCACCAAGAAUAUUGUUUGCGAAUAGCAGAGUCGCUGCGUGCACAAGUAGUUUCAGGACUGCAACUCAGUAUUGCUCUCAAGUCAGAGAGGAAGCGUGACGAGGAUAUGGCAGUGUAAGCCGCUUGUACAUGACGUGAGAACGCACUGCUGGAAAGGGGCGUGCUGCUGCGCACUAAAGCUGUUUGGAUUCCCAUGUGCAACCCGAACAACGCUGAUCUUAUUAGGAUUCACCACCUCAAGUCAACGCACAACUACAACAAUAAGAACAAUACGCGCUGGAGUUGAUUAUCCGGACAGCACAAGACGAGUCACCUUUCGCUCUUCGCCACAGAAGGCACCGCCGCGCACCGAAAGCCACAGAGGGCGAGCGUGACUGCAGCGCUACGUCAUAAAAGUGCAGCACUGACCUCGCCCGGAAUUCACUGCUCGUCGUCGCGCUUCAGAGGCGAAGGUUUGAGGCACAAAUCAAGAAUCCUGCUGGCCUGUCGGGCUAGGGUGCACUGACCUCUGUACUGAAACUGAGAGCACUGCUGAAAUGAUUGAAUGUAUCGUGUCCAGGAUUGCCAGUGCUAGACAAGCAAUCCCUAUAAAUGGCUCUCGUACUGGGAUAUUUUGAGUGCUGCCUUGUAGAUCUACUGUCCGACGGCCUGCGGUACUAGGACUGCCACUGGUAGGAGUAGACGCUCUAGUAUCCCAGGAGCUGUUUUCUUUCAGCUCGAUGCUCCACGCCUCUGCAGCUGGAGAGUGCGUGCGGUGUGUGCAGCUAGAGAGAGGGGGUAGUCCCGGAGCGUUCAUCUCUCCGGUCUGGUCUGGGGGCGUCAAUCCGCGGCGUCGCAUGGCAAUGACCAAGGCCUGUGCUGGCGAACGGUCAGGCUCUGUGUUGCUUCUGACGGCGCUCCUUCACUACCUAAUCGCCGCGCUUAUCAUUGACAUCCUGAGCAUCACACCAGCACAGCACGGUGCCACUGGCCUGACAGUAGAACUAGCUGCAGGAUUAUCUGCCCGACUCGCCCCGUCAUCGACAUUAGCGCUAUCAGCUCUGGCGGCCGCAGCGGGCAGUGUGUCGCUUGCAGCCUCGUCGCCGUCGUCGACUCGAAGGACUUGCGACGGACAGCACGUCAAGCGCAGAACUGUCAUUGAUUGGGAGACGGGCAACUGGUCGCUGUGCUCGGCCAGUGUGGACAGAUCCGAGCGUCUCGGCUGCAGCAUCACCGUCUCAAUACGGACUCGCACUGUGCUGUGCGUUCAGCGCACACAAGUGAACGCUACAUUUCAACAGCGGCGGAUACUUAGCGAUAGCACGUGUAGCAGAAUUAUUGAUCGUCCGGCCAACUGGUCUCUUUGCAAUGGCCCAUGCUACAGACACUCGCCACUCGAUUUUCAAUGGGUGCACCACGAAUGGACGAAAUGCAGCUAUCUUUGCCACAGCACGAACAAGAGCAACGGUAGUAGCGAUGCGACGAAAGGCGGUGAUGCUAUUUCGAAACUUCGGACACAAACCAGACGUGUCAUCUGUCAACACCGUGCCAGCGCUUCGACAGUGUCUGACGCGCUCUGCCAGGCGUUCGCUAGCCGUCAAGCACCGCGCCGGCGGCGCAACUGUCGCUUUCAGGACGCUGACUGCGUGGACGGACGGAUACCGAUGUGUGCGUACGACGGCUGGAGUUCCUGGUCCCCGUGUGCUAUGCUGUGUGGCAGGGAGCGCUGCAGGACACGUAAUCGUAUCCCUGUGACAUUUCCUAAGGACAGUGCUGAGAUUUGUAGAGAUACGCUACAGAUGGAGAAGUGUGAGCCGAGCAGUGGCGAGGAGCUACCACCAUCCGGUUAUGUACUGCGAGCAGGAGAGUGGGAUCGGUGUAUGGUAGAUGCAGAGCAGGUGGGCCUGGGUCCAGCCAGAGACAUCAGCAUAUACCAACAGCCCACUAUUGGCAUCCACCAGAGAACUACGGUCUGUAUGAGGAGUCCGGACGGCACCAUUGUAGAGCAUCACCACUGUCGCCGUCAGCAUCCCACGGUCCCAGGCAUGAAUGAACCAGUACGUCAGCUAUGUAUAGUACCACAGGACUGCCAGGUGACUGAGUGGAACAGCUGGAAAGCAGUGCACAGAGCCAACGCUCAGCUCUGCAUACUGCAGCAGGCAAGCAGCGGCAAUAUGCGCUUCGUCUGGCCGACGCAUGCCAUUAUGCAGCGAGUGCGCCGCAUUAAAGUGCAGCCGUUCGGUGCAGUCCAGCCGUGCCCGCAGCUGCUGGAAUCGGCCCCAGUCAGUAUGGACCUGGCCGAUGAGAUGGGCUUGCCGGCAUGCCAUCAGCUAUACGAGUGGUUCGCGGGCGACUGGAGAAGCUGUGUGCCGUCACAAGACAACGGCGAGGAUCACAUACACUGCGGACGUGGAACGCAGAUCCGUGCCGUCUUCUGCCAGGCGUGCAACGACUCUGCGCACCGGCCGGUGGAGGAGAGCCUGUGCGCGGUUGGGUACAUGACCGGUGGUGUGUCCCUGGAGAAACCAGCCGAGACACAGGUCUGCUACAAACCGUGCACGGCCAAUUGUCGUGUGAGCGAGUGGAGCACGUGGAGUCACUGCGACAUGCCCUCGUGUGGACCGAAGCGGAAAACAGCGGCAGGAAACCAGUCACGCACACGAACAGUACUAACGGAACCCGGAGAGCACGGGAAGCCUUGCCCGCGGCUCGCCGAAAACAAGGAAUGCGGCUACCGGGAAUGCAAACACUACGUGGUCGAUGAGAGGCGUCCGUGCGGCCUUAGUAACCAUGACAACCCUGGUGGUCGCUGGGGAUGUGUUUCCCAGACGCGGUGGGGAGUCAGGCCGAAGAAGUGCCGCUGCUCUCAAAAGUGCCCGUCGUGGAAAAAGGUCCGGGCUCGAAAUGUAUGGCGAAGCUGGUCCCCGUGUGAGCCGGUUGGUCAACGCAAUUCUAGCUCCUGGCGCACUCUCAAGUACCGGUCACACCAGGAAGAGGGUCUAGAGCACUGUCCGACCGAGUUUGAGACAAGACCGUGCAGGCCGAGUGCAGAGCCGCGCGUCUUCGCCUGGCACGCCGAGAACUUUCCGCGAGCGUGCCGAGCGGCGUACCGGAGAGCUCCGCUUCCCAUCGCCAUGCCGAUAGCGGCACUGCCAGCGUGCCACGUGUGCGAGAGAGGGGUGUGGUACAGGCCGGUCUACUGCGUGCGCCUCAGGCCGGACGGGAACAUCAUGCGCGACCCGGAGGACAGGCGCCGGCACUUGAUCGUCCACAACGAGCGCAAGUGCCCGGCCACUCACCUGUUCAAGCCGCACCGCAAGGAGAUCUGCCACAUUUGCUGCCAGAGCACAUGCGAGUACUCGUCGUGGGGUGACUGGGGGCCGUGCCUCCCAGAGGCGUGCGUGUCGCCGAAGAGAAUGACGCUGACCAGAGCGGUGCAGUGCUCACGCUCUGCCAUGUGUGCUGCCAGCGCAGCCGGGGACAAGUCGAGGAGUCGCUACCAGCUGAAGGCCAGCAAUGGUGACAGCACGACGAGUGCCUGCAAGGAUCAUAGUCAAGCGGAGCGCUGCACAUUGCAGACGCGGCUUUGCUACGACUGGAUGGUGGGCAACUGGAGUGGCUGCUACUAUGUAUCAGCAGCACCCUGCCUGGGCGGAUUCAGGACACGAUAUGCCUACUGCCAGCGUUCAGACGGCAAGCCCGUCACCGCUGACCAUUGUGCACACAAAGAGCGACCGGCAACAGCAGAACCAUGUCGGCAGCAUUGCGAUGAGCUGUGUCUCUUCUCAUCCUGGUCAGCAUGGACAGCUUGCUCGGAAUCGCAGUGUGGUACCGGGCAUAGGACGCGCACUCGCUACCUUUUGCACAACCUGGAGGAGACGCUGUCGGUGCUUGCCAAGCCGUGCGGCGAGCUACAGCAAACCGAGCUGUGUGCCCGCAGCGCCUGCCGCGAGUACAAGGCCAAGUACUCGGACUGGAGCGCAUGGCUGCCGCGCUACGAUGAAACAGGCCACUGCCAUCACACCGAGCAGAAUCGCAUUGUCCGCUGCUUCGACAAGAAGGUACGACGCUACCUGCCGCUGGAUUAUUGUCCCGGGCGGAAGAAAUCCAUGCGUGUGCACACUGAAGACGCACCAGCCUGUCGCCGGCACUGUGAACUAGCUCCAUGGCAGCCGUGGACGAGCAGCUGCAGCCAGCCAUGCGGGCAUGGCUGGCUGCGGCGCACACGCACAAGCUACAGAAACCGGGCGUCGAACGGUGUGCAGUGCCCUCGCGACCUGGUCCAGGUUAAGCCGUGCAUCGAAAAGCUAUGCUCUGGCAACACACACAGCUGGCACGCUGAUCCCUGGGCGCCAUGCUAUCCAAACCAUCCCUCUGGCAAUGGCGGCAAUGAGAUUGUUGAUCUCCGCUGCUCAGGCAUUUCGACCCAGUCACGACAUGUGCUAUGCCUUGAGCAUAUGGAAAACGGCGAGAAGCCAAUCGUCGACGAUGCGCACUGCGCUGGUCUGUCCAAGCCGAGAUCCAAUCAAACAUGCCGCGUUACCUGCCCAGCUGAUUGCCUGUGGACGCAGUGGACUGCAUGGUCCAAAUGCGAGCACAACAGCAAGUAUCGUCUUCGCAGUACACUCCGUGGUGCUCUACUUGGCGGCCGGUGUGACCAUAGUGAUAUUCGGCAGGAGAAGCACUGCCAGCGUCGCAGUGUGGGCCAGUACAAUGUCAGCAUCGGGCCAUGGACACCCUGUCAGCGCAUACACAGUGAUGAGUGUGGCCCUGCGGAGCAGCACCGCUUGGUGGUCUGCUUCGACCAGAAGUAUCGUGUGGUGGACGCGACGCUGUGCGGCGAGAAAGCGCAGGGUAUUCGGAGUACGCGCACAUGCCAGCUGCCGUGCUAUCGGAACUGCCAGGUGUCAGACUGGUGCAGCUGGUCACCUUGUUCGCAGACCCAGUGCGACACGGCCGGCAUACAGCGCCGACGCCGCUACAUCGUCAAGAGAGAGCGAGGCGGUGCUGCCCGGUGUCCACCGGCAGCAGAACUCGUCGAGGAGCGCAACUGCUACUCCAGUAAACCGUGCUAUCACGGCAAGAUCUAUCCGUGGAGCGGGUGCCUGAUCGACGGCGCUGACUGUGGCAAAGGCAAGAGGUCGCGCAUACUGACGUGUCGUAGAAGUGACGGCGAGCUCGUGGAGCCGUUCAAGUGCUUCGACGACGACCUCGGUCCCAAGCAGAAGCUGGACAAAGAGCUGAUGCUGAUCCUGGAAAGUGAAGAGUGCCAGCUUCCCUGCCCCGGCGAGUGCCAGUACACGCCAUGGUCAGAUUGGACGAUGCGCUGCAUAGCCAACUGCAACAGCAACAUCAACACCUCGGCCGUCUACAAGGGCCGGCGCGUUGCGUUUCGAACCAUCAUGACGGGACCGGACCUGAGCCACGCCAGCUGCCCGGAGCGCCUCUGGAUGACGCGUCAGUGCAAGGAGUCGUUCUGCAUGACGUUCGACUGGCGGACGUCGCCAUGGGCAGGCACAGCACGGCGAGUCUGGUGCCAACGCUCUGACGGCACACUGGUCACCGACGAGGCAUGCAAGUACAAGGAGCGGCCGUCAGCCACACGCUGCUAUCCACCGUGUGCUGACAACACGGUCUGUGCUAACACGACGUGCAUGCUGCUGAUCGAGCAGGGGACGGUGUGUGCCGGGCCUACGUGCCAUAAUCACAAUGGUGCUGCUGACAAUAACGGCAGAGAGCGACGCCAAGCCAGCAUCGAUCAGGACUCGGUCGUGUCACAAGGUCACAAACAAGGUCCGCACGCUGCCAGCAUUGUGAUAGCCCUGAGCGGUCUGCUCAUUUCGCUUACGGUGGCCACGGCUCUCCUGGCAGUCGGCAUCCGCGUGUGCAAGCAAGCGGCUCAGCGACACACAGUGCAGCGCACCUAGCUCUACUCCCGUGAUUGCACACUGUGCGUCACAUCGGUCGUCGAUCUCAGGGAAUCUCCUGACUACCAUCACGUUCUUUAUAAAUACACCCACAGACACCAUGAUUGGCAAUGCAUACGUUACUUCUAUACAUACGUUGUAUAAAUGACCCUCCCUCCCCUCCCCCCCACACACACACACACAAACACCACCAAUCUUGACCGUACAGUAAGCUUGAUAUCUAGAGCUUUUUUUCACUAAUCAAGAGAUUCUUUCUCCUUGCACCUCCAAUAUUUCCAUUUCGCUUGUACACGGUCCAGCUCAUCUGGCCUUGAAACCGGCUCUAAAAUUUCCCCUUGACCUACAAGGAUUUGACAGCCAUAUUCUUAUUUAAUACAGAAACUCGAUGGAAUUUUCGGUUGAAGGCGCAUGCACAAGCCCACGUCCACAUUUUAAAAGAAAUAGUUGUGGAUAACAGUAACCAAAACAGAAUCUGCUUUCCUUCGAUGCACCGAUCUGUUGGUACUGCGUGCAAUGUUAGCUUGUGUGAUAACGAUGCGGUGGUGGC